CAACCCCUUCUUUUAUUUCCUGCCUGAUACAAACCACAAGACGCCCCAGUCCUUCUCCCCUAUCCAACGCCAUUGCUACCGCCGGCUGGCUUCCUCACCGGCCGGAACUCGAUCUACCAUCCUGCCCCAACGCACCGGCCGCGUCGUCUUCGUCCUUUUCCUGCCGCGCCCCCCCCCCCCCCCCCCACCCACCCACACACACACACCUAGUCUCCCCUCGACCUCCUGCCCCCUGGUCGUCCGGCGCGGAGAUCCAGCUUGGGUGCGGUGUGGGGGGGCCUGAUUGUCGACCUCCAGAGCGAGCACGGCGUGGGGGAGGAAGGCGGCGGCAGCAGCUGGUGGACAGUGAAGGUGAGAUGGGGGGAGGGUACCCUCUCCCUGCGGCCGUUGGCGGACGGGGAUCCCGAGGGCGUCCAUAGAUCUGGCGAAGAUGGAGGCUGAGUAGGGAAGCUGUAAGUUUGGGGAACGGUUUGGGGUUGCUCUAGGUUGCAAUGUCUCUCAAGAGCAUUGUGCGGGAGCUGAAGGAGAUGAGGGACGGCAUCGGGAGCAUGUCGAGGCGUGCCGGCGGCUCCGAUGGUCGCGUCGGCCACGGCCACAGCCGCGGGGGGUCGCGGCAUUCUUGGCCCGGUCUGUGGCCGGAGCCACAGUCGCAGCCACAGCGGCAGGGUCAGGAGCCGCAGCAGCAGGGCCAGUGGGCGAACCUGCCGCCGGAGCUGCUGCUGGACGUGAUACAGAGGGUGGAGGCCAGCGAGGCGGUGUGGCCGUCGCGGCGCCAGGUCGUGGCGUGCGCUGCCGUCUGCCGGUCCUGGCGUGAGGUCACCAAGGAUGUGGUGAAGACUCUCGAGGAGUGUGGCAGGAUCACCUUCCCGAUCUCCCUAAAGCAGCCGGGGCCUCGUGAUCAUCCGGUGCAGUGCUUUGUGAGGAGGGACAGGGCGACGUCUACUUAUCUCCUCUACCUGGGGCUCAGCCCAUCUCUGCAUGUGGAAAACGACAAGCUUUUGCUUGCAGCCCGCAAGAUCAGACGUGCCACCAGAACUUCUUUUGUGAUAUCGCUGAUCUCUGAUGAUUUUUCUCAUUCUAGUAGCACCUAUGUUGGCAAACUGAAACCAAAUUUCCUUGGCACAAAGUUCACAAUAAUCGACAGCCAGCCUCCUUGUGAUGCUGCCGUAUUGCCAAACAACAGACCAAGUAAACGACACUCGAAGCAAGUAUCACCCAGACUACCAUUAGGUAAUUACAAUGUUGCUACUGUCUCAUAUGAGCUCACCGUCCUGCGCAAUCGAGGGCCAAGGAGAAUGCAGUGCACAAUGCACUCGAUACCAGCCUUGUGUAUUCAGGAAGGCGGGAAGGCCCCAACUCCUACUGGCAUCAUCCAUUCACUUGAUGAUCAAGUGUCCACCUUGUCAACUAGCAAAGGGAAGGAACCUAAUGUAGAAUUUUCGUCAACAAGCCUGAGCACGGAUUUAUCUGGACAAAUUUGUACUAGUGAAGCACCUAUGCUUCUGAAGAAUAAAGCUCCUCGCUGGCACGAGCAGCUGCAGUGCUGGUGCCUCAACUUCCGCGGGCGGGUCACUGUAGCAUCAGUGAAGAACUUCCAGCUUGUUGCCUCGGUUGAUCCCUCUCUUGGUGUUCCUGCAGCGGAGCAGGAAAAAGUUAUCCUCCAGUUUGGGAAAAUCGGAAAAGACAUAUUCACGAUGGACUAUAGGUACCCGCUCUCAGCAUUCCAGGCUUUUGCAAUCUGCCUGACUAGCUUCGACACCAAACCGGCGUGCGAAUAACUGAAGAAGGCAUUAACUGGGCCUUGAUUCUACUUUAGCUCAGGACAUUACCUGCCCCCCUGCAUGCUGUAAAUCCUCAAAUCUUUGUUUUCUCUGGACGCUGCCCUGGGGAAAUGGUAGGUAGAUUGGUAGUUUUGUCAGAUCAAGAUGGGCAAUGAUAUCUCUGUAUAUUGGCAAACCCCAGGAAGAUUUGAGUGAUCUGCUGUAACCAACUGCUAUGUAUUAUUGUUCUUGUAAUGUUUAGCAGUGACAUGGCGCUGCCUUUUAUGGAUAAUAGUAUGGACAAUGUUCUAGCUA